AGCCAAGCUUAAACCGCGGCAGCGCGAACGAGCGCUGCAGUGGUACCCUGCGUGUUUUGUUUGAUUAUCUUGCAGCGCAUCGCUAGAUCACAGCCGCGAGAGCGCCGCAGCAUUUCUGCCUGUGCCGGCAUUUUGACGCCACUGCCGCGCGCGACGCGCAGAAGCCAUGGCCGUCAAGGACGACGACGACGACGACGCGCCAGCCGUGAAGGACGAGCCCGUCAAGCUCGAGCACGACAAGCCGGCCAAGGCGCCCUCGAUGGCCAAGCCCGCGAAAGCACCAGCUUUGGGACCGAAGAGCGCGCCGAAGCCGCCCAAGCCCCCACCACCCAAGGCGGAUGGCCUCUUCGCCAAGGCCGCGGCGGCGAAGAAGGCCGCCGAGGCGUUCCGGCAGCGGCGCCAACGCGUGAAUCCCGCGAGGCCCGGCGAUAAACCCGUACCAAAGAGGAAUCUUGGAGAUCGCAUCAAGUACCUCAAGCCCAAGCGCCUGAAGUCCCUCCAGCACAAGUUGCUGGACGAAGGGCUGUCGCUCGGCGCGGUAGGCAUCGCGUGCGCCCUACUCGUCUUCCUCUUGGCGUGGUGUCGGAGGCGCUACCGGAGAAAGAGGCGGGGCCUGCCCCUCCACACCGGCGGUGGGAAGGGCCACAAGCAGCGGGGCCUCUUCGGCCCUUCGGAGGUCGUUCCCAACGACGUCCAACAAGCCUGCCGGACCAACCGGUCGACCGUCGUCGAGGCCUGGCUGCGGCGGUGCGGGUCGCCGGACGCGCGGGCCUCGGACGCGCCGCGACGGAGCGUGCUGCACAUCGCCGCGGCGCAUGGCGCGGCGAACGUCUGCCGAGCCGCGUUGCUCGCGGGAGCGGACCCCAAUCUGUGUGAUGACGCGGGCGACCGGCCGUUACAUUUAGCGGCGGCGAGCGGUAGUGGAGCGUGCGUCAAGGUUCUGUUGGACCACGGCGCCGACGCGUCUUUGCCCGAUGCCCUUGGUCAAGAUGCGAAGACGCGCGCAAGGAACGCGGGGAACACGGGCUGCGGUUUAUUAAUCUCGAAGCGGCUGGCGGCGCAGUCGCGCGCGGACACGCGGAUCGCCUUUCGAGGUCCGCGGUCGGACGACCGGCACCAGGCGUAAUACAGUAUCACAAUA